GCAGAAGGAGCGGUGCGGCCGCUGCUCAAUGGCGGAAAAGCCGCUGGUGCUCUGACCGCCUGGUUCCCCCCCCCUCCGGCAGUUGCGGGGGAGUUUCCUGCCGGCGCGGUUGGAGUCUCUGUUUCUCCGUGUCCGGUGGCUGGAAGAUGCUCCAGAGAGACCAGGCUGCGGCGGAGGAGGUGGCGGCGGCCGAGUCGGCAGCGGCGCUGGGGUGGAGAGAAGGCGGCGGCGGCGGCGUGAGGGGCCGAACGGUGUAAACAGCCCGGGCGGCGGCGGUGGCCGAGCCCCCGAGGGCGAAGCGGCGGCGGAGGCAGGGUCGCGUCUUGGGAGGAAGCCGGGGGCCGCGGGCGGCUGUGCGGCGGGCGAGCCCGCGAGACCUCGCCUCCUCCGUUCGCCUCAGAUUUAUUACUCAACAUGGGUGCAUUUUUGGAUAAACCCAAAACUGAAAAACAUAAUGCUCAUGGUGCUGGGAAUGGUUUGCGUUAUGGCCUGAGCAGUAUGCAAGGAUGGAGAGUGGAAAUGGAAGACGCACACACAGCUGUUGUGGGUAUUCCUCACGGCUUGGAAAACUGGUCAUUUUUUGCAGUUUAUGAUGGUCAUGCUGGAUCCCGAGUGGCAAAUUACUGCUCAGCGCAUUUAUUGGAACACAUCACUACUAAUGAAGACUUCAGGGCAGCUGGCAUAUCAGACUCUGCUCUUGAGCCUUCAGUGGAAAACGUUAAGACUGGUAUCAGAACUGGCUUUUUGAAAAUUGAUGAAUAUAUGCGUAACUUUUCUGACCUCAGAAAUGGGAUGGACAGGAGCGGUUCAACAGCAGUGGGCGUUUUGAUUUCACCUACACACAUCUACUUUAUCAACUGUGGUGACUCACGAGCUGUUCUGUGUAGGAAUGGAGAAGUCUGCUUUUCUACCAAGGAUCACAAACCUUGUAAUCCAAUGGAAAAGGAGCGAAUCCAAAAUGCGGGAGGCAGUGUGAUGAUCCAGCGUGUGAAUGGUUCAUUAGCAGUGUCUCGUGCUCUGGGGGACUAUGAUUACAAGUGUGUUGACGGCAAGGGCCCGACAGAACAGCUAGUUUCUCCAGAGCCUGAGGUCUUUGAGAUUUUAAGAGCAGAAGAGGAUGAGUUUGUCGUCUUGGCUUGUGAUGGGAUCUGGGAUGUGAUGAGUAAUGAGGAGCUCUGUGAAUAUGUUCAGUCUAGGCUUAAGGUCUCUGAUGACCUGGAAAAUGUGUGCAAUUGGGUAGUGGACACUUGUUUACAUAAGGGAAGUCGAGAUAACAUGAGUAUUGUAUUAGUUUGCUUUUCAAAUGCCCCCAAGGUCUCAGAUGAAGCAGUGAGGAAAGAUUCAGAGUUGGAUAAGCACUUGGAAUCACGGGUUGAAGAAAUUAUGGAGAAGUCUGGGGAGGAAGGAAUGCCUGAUCUUGCCCAUGUCAUGCGCAUUUUGUCUGCAGAAAAUAUCCCAAAUUUACCUCCUGGGGGAGGGCUCGCUGGCAAGCGCAAUGUUAUUGAAGCUGUUUAUAAUAGACUGAAUCCACACAGAGACAGUGAUGGGGGCGCUGGAGAUCUAGAAGACUCAUGAUAGCCUUAUAAACCUUCUAAAAUACUUUUCUGAAAAUUGGGGGAAAAACUUUUAAUCACAUUUUCUUCAAUACAAGGGGAAAUAUUCUUGUGGAUUCCCACUGUUUUGUGAUAUGAGCAGAAAACCAUUAGCAUUUCCCAUCAUUGGUUCACACCUGUAUUUCCCGGUAAUCGCCUUUCGUAGCAUUGCCUGGACUCUACAGUAUUUUUACCAACCUCAGGCAUCUGCCUACAACUGUAUUGAAUUUUUGGCCCUAGAAAAAAAUGGAAUUAUUUACCACAAACCAACAAAUGUGCCUGAGGUGCAUGGGAAUAUAGUUAGCGAUACUCUGAAGAUACAUUAUGGGUUUUUUUUAAAACAAGCAAAACAAAACACAACAUAUAAGCAUGUAAGAGUAAAGAAUUGUAAGAAAAGUUCCAGUUUUUCAGUUCACCAAGUUGGAAGCCUUUUGUAGUUCUGUGGCUUGGAAUUUCAUUUGAGCAAUUUACUAUAGGAUAUGUAUUUAUUAUUAAUUGUUAUUUAAAUUUUUCCAAUUUCCUUGUAUUACCAAACUGGGUUCUCCAAUAAUGUUCACUUUGUAAUGUUGCCUUGCUUCAAGAUACGGUGUUUGGCAAUAAUAUAAACCCUUACAAUUUUAUGCAUGUGUCUAUUACAUCCUUCAACUCUUACUAGAAGAUCUUUUGAAACCAAAUGAAUUAAUUUAUGGCUAUUUAUAAUUUGCUUUGUCAUCUGCUUCGAAUUCUUUUAAUUGAUGAGAUUUGCCUUUAUAAUGUAAAUUGUGAUUUUUUUUGUUUUAUAUGUGGGUUCCUAUAGUUUUAAUUUUUCAGCUUUUAAGAUACAAGUUUUAUGUAAUUUGGUAUAAUUUUUAACUGUAUGUUAUUUUAAAAGCUCAGAAUAUCACAUUGAAAUACUAUAAAUACAUUUAAAAGUAUCUAUUUUAGAUCUAAGGAAAUCUACAGAGAUAUUUUCAUGGGUUCAGUAACCUUUCCUUUUAUAACAUUGGGCACGGUACAGAGUGGCUGUCACAUAAGGUACUUAAAUUAAUUAGUUAUAUUUUUACAAUAACGUUGAAUUCUUGGGAUUUUUUUCCUUAGUUUUGCAUGUAUGAAAUUCAAUGCUGAACGUGAAGAGUAAAAUAUUUAUGAAAAGAAGUUGCUGGAGUUGGGAGAAGUACUGAAUGUAUCCAUUUGUACAUGGUUUCCAUGUUGUGGAUGCUUUGUAAACAUUUUCCUCUUUGUUUUAAUUAUGUUUCAGCAGGUUGUAGUUGCCCUUGUGUGUAGUUAAAAGUGAGUCAUCAUCUGGUCCUGUGUGAAAUGGAAUUCAUGGUAUUUCUGUAUUGUUUUCCUGAAGCUGUUUCUGGGAGCCACACAUUUGAAUACAGCUUUCCUGAUCACUUGAUUUAUUGUGCACCUGAUUUUUGCUCUAAAAGGAAUUAUUGCCACAAUAUAUUUUAUUUAUUCUUUAGAUUUUAGCCUUGUAAGUUAAAGUGCUUUACAUGAUGGUGUUAAAAACUACUUGUCCCUUUACUGGGGUUUGGGGGUUUGUUAAAAGAUGGGGAAUGAAGAAUGCAAAAUGGUUUAUUGUUUAACCUGACCACUCUGAUCGACCCUGUACUGAUAGUACCUUUCCAGUAUGGUAUUGUGAUGUUUCAUACGAUGCAGUGAACGUAACCAACUUGUUACCUAAAUAAAGACUUGAUUUCAAAACAAUGUGACAUACUACUCCUUGGUGUGAUUUUCAAAAUAAAAGUGCAACUUUGGUUGUGGUUUUUAAUAUGUA